GGCGGUGGUCUGGGAGAAAGAAAUCCGGCGGCGGGGAGAGAAUCCUGCCGGGAGGCAGGGGGAAAGGCUAGCUGCCCCGCCUCCCUCCGCCAGAUUUCUUCGGGGAAGGAGCCGCCCGGCACCCGCCCCCAACUGGCCCAGCCGCGUGGGGCGUCUGGGAGCCCGAGAAGCAGCCAACCUGCCGAGAUGGAGGCGGCGGGCACCUGGGCGCUGCUUCUGGUGCUGCUGCUACUGGUGCUGACGCUGGCGCUGCCUGGGACCCGGACGCGAGGCCACCUGCCCCCCGGGCCCACGCCGCUGCCGCUGCUGGGGAACCUCCUGCAGCUCCGGCCUGGGGCGCUGUACCUGGGGCUCUUACGGCUGAGUAAGAAGUACGGACCAGUGUUCACCGUGUACCUGGGACCCUGGCGGCGCGUGGUGGUCCUGGUUGGGCGCGAGGCUGUGCAGGAGGCCCUGGGAGGUCAGGCCGAGGCGUUCAGCGGACGGGGUUUGGUGGCAACAGUGAACGGAACCUUUGAUGGCCAUGGGGUUUUAUUCUCUAAUGGGGAGCGAUGGAGGCAGCUGAGGAAGUUCACCACGCUGGCCCUGCGGGACUUAGGCAUGGGGAAACGAGAAGGAGAGGAGCUGAUCCAGGCGGAGGCCCAGUGUCUGGUAGAGGCGCUCCGGAGGACCAGAGGAUCGCCUUUUGAGCCCUCACUGCUGCUGGCCCAGGCCACCUCCAACAUUAUCUGCUCCCUCGUCUUCCGCCUCCGCUUCCCCUAUGACAAUGAGGAGUUCAAGGCCAUGGUCCGGGCGGCUGGUGGCAUCGUCGUGGGGGUCAGCUCCCCGUGGGCCCAGACCUACGAGAUGUUCUCCCAGCUCCUGCAGCACCUCCCGGGCCCCUACACGCAGCUCUUCGGCCAAGUGCGCACGGUGGCUGCCUUCGCCGUCCAGCAGAUACAGCGGCACCAGAGGAGCCUGGACACCUCAGGCCCCGCACGCGACCUUGUGGAUGCCUUUUUGCUGAAGAUGGCAAAGGAGAAGCAAGACCCAAACACAGAAUUCACUGACAAGAACUUGCUGAUGACGGUCGUUUACCUGUUGUUCGCCGGGACGGUGACAGUCAGCACCACGAUUCGCUACACUCUCCUGCUCCUGCUGAAAUAUCCUCAGGUCCAAGAGCGUGUGCAGGAGGAGCUGACCCGGGAGCUAGGGCCCGGCCAGGCGCCAAGCCUGUGGGACCGAGCCCGCCUCCCCUACACGGACGCGGUUCUGCAUGAGGCGCAGCGGCUGCUGGCGCUGGUACCCAUGGGACUGCCCCGAGCCCUCGUCAAGACCACCCGCUUCCGGGGGUACACCCUGCCCCAGGGUACGGAGGUCUUCCCCCUCCUUGGCUCCAUCCUGCAUGACCCCGAGGUCUUCAAACAGCCUGAGGAGUUCAACCCAGGACGAUUCCUGGAUGCAGACGGAAAGUUCAAAAAGCACGAGGCCUUCCUGCCCUUCUCCUUAGGUAAGCGUGUCUGCCUCGGGGAGGGCCUGGCUCGGACCGAGCUCUUUCUCCUGUUCACCGCCAUCCUACAGGCCUUCUCGCUGGGGAACCCAUGCCCACCGGGUGCCCUGAGCCUCCAGCCAGCCGUCAGUGGCCUUUUCAACAUCCCUCAAGCCUUCCAGCUGCAAUUCCAGCCCCGCUGA